UAAGCAUCACUGACCUUAGGCGUACAGAUUCUGGAACAUACCAAUGUAAGGUGAGAAAGUCAGCUAGAGAACAGAUUAAAUACAUUUUUCUGAUUGUAAUGGAGAGGCCAGACAAGCCGGUAUGUUACAUGGAUGGUGAAGCUGUGUUAGGUACAAAUAUAAAGCUCAGAUGCAAAUCCUCACAAGGCACUCCACCGCUUAAAUACAGAUGGAAAAAGCGAAGCGGAAACCGGAUGCUGCAUCCGGACGCUUUUGUUGAUGCUCGAAGAGGGGACUUAUACUUGGAUCAGAUCACAGAGAGGGACUCUGGAGCCUACCGCUGUACCGUCCAGAACCGUGUGGGUAUGGAAAACUGUGAGCUGAGACUCAAAAUCACAUCUCCAUCAACAGUGACUGACGGACAUGGACCUAUAUCAGGAACUACAGCUGAAAUUACAGCAGGAGUGGGUAUUGAAGACCGUGAGCCUGUACUCAAUAUCACAUCUCCAUCAACAGUGACUGACAGGCAUGGACCUACAGCAGGAACUACAGCAGUAACUAUUGUUGCUGUGCUCAUCACUGUAAUGCUCACCCCAGUCAUUUACUACCGCUGCAGAAAAAGGCAUGGAAGGUUAAGGAGGAAUCUAUGGGCUGAGAGAAACUUAGAUAUCAAUCGGCCCAUAGGAAUAGAACAGCUCAGGAAUGAGGAAGAAGAAAACUCGUAUGAGGUAAUGGAGACUACCAACCCUGAUUUGUGCUCCUCACAGUUAGAAAAAACAGAGGACAAUGGAUCCAUGAGAAACAGAGAUCAGGUUGAUACUGAAGAACCGGAGUCAUGUUCCUUGCACACAGAACAUUUGAAAAAUGCCUCCCACGUGGAGGUCACGACAGCAUUGUGAAGCAAAGG